GGUGGAGGUAAUAUGGAGGCGGUUCCGGCAGGCCCCGGCGGCUGGAAGCCGGGGCGGACGCGCGGGUCCGCUUCGGGGUUCUGUCCCGGUCCCGCCGAGGCAGCGACUGCGGCAGGAGCAGGGACGUGCUGGACGCCCUGGCCCCCCGCCGGUCAACGCUGCAGCCUCAUCUCAGCUCAAGAUGAACUACAUGCCUGGCACCGCCAGCCUCAUCGAGGACAUUGACAAAAAGCACUUGGUCCUGCUUCGAGAUGGAAGGACACUUAUAGGCUUUCUAAGAAGCAUUGAUCAAUUUGCUAACUUAGUGCUGCAUCAGACUGUGGAACGCAUUCACGUGGGCAGAAAGUAUGGAGAUAUUCCUCGAGGGAUUUUUGUGGUCAGAGGAGAAAAUGUGGUCCUACUAGGAGAAAUAGACUUGGAGAAGGAGAGUGACACGCCCCUGCAGCAAGUGUCCAUUGAAGAAAUCCUGGAAGAGCAAAGGGUGGAACAGCAGGCCAGGCUGGAGGCAGAGAGGCUGAAGACUCAGGCUCUGAAGGACCGAGGCCUCUCCAUUCCUCGAGCAGACACACUGGAUGAGUACUAAGUCUUUUGCUCAGAGGCUACUGCUCUUGGAGAGCAAGGCCUGUCACUGCCAAAUGAAAGUGACGUCCUGGUCACCUCACACAUUUGUCCAGGACUGCAGAGUUAUGAAAAGUCAUUUUUAUUUUUAAUUCUUUCACCUAUGCAACAUGAAGAAAUCAUAUGGUUUUUUAUUUUUGCUGUUUUUUAAGUAACAAGAUCAUUGUUUAAAGAAACAGUGGCAUGGAUUCCUUUUACACGUCACUGUGGGUCCAGCAACUAUUUCUUAAUACUGUUUUUCUUAUCCCAAAUUAGAGUUUACAGGGGACAGUCUUCAUUUACUUGUAA